GGUGCUGCUUCCUACAUCACUGACGGCCCGGCCUUACUCAGAGAGGAGCACAAAUGGUGAAAUCCACUUGACAGACAGCUGUGUGAGGCGACUGCGUGAGGUGACAAGUGGAGCUGAGUUUCUGCGCCUUCAGGUCGAUAGUGGUGGCUGCUCCGGAUUCCAGUACAAAUUCUCUCUUGAUGCAAACCUCAGUGAAGAUGACCGGGUAUUCGGGGAGGAAGGUGCCCAGCUGGUGGUGGAUGUUCAGUCUCUGGAGUUAGUUAAAGGCAGCUCGGUGCUGUUUGCAGAAGAACUGAUCCGAAGCUCCUUCCAGCUUGUUAAUAAUCCUCAGGCGGAGCAGGGCUGUUCCUGCGGAGCCUCCUUCUCCAUCAAGCUGUGACCUGCCUGUGUGCCCGGCACUGCACUCUGUACAUCGCGUGUCUAUUUGUAAAUAAAAGUAAUAUAUAUU